UAAUUAAGACCAAAGCUCCAGGCAGCAGCUAGAUGGUACAGAAUGGAAAUUCCUACAGUCCUUUGAAGAAGACGGAUAUCAUUAGUUGAAAGGACACUCCCAUUUUUUCAAAAAACCAACUUCAUCUUCUCCAUUAAACUUCAUUUCAUUCUCUGCACAUCACUGUCAAUGGCUUCUGCUCCUAAGUUUUUCAAAAUCCUUCUCACCACUAAUAUCGAAGACCCAAAAUUGGUGAUGGCAAUAGUUUUUUCUUUUUUUCUUUUUUUAACUUUGCCUUUUCAAGUUCUGUAUUGUCUGAAAGAAAUGAUUUUUUUGCUCUGUUUUUUUAGAUGAUUCCGAGAAUGUUUAUAAAAGAUUAUGGUAAGUUUUUAUCAAAUUUCGUGAUUCUAGAGCUUCCAGAUGGAAGGGAAUGGAAAGUCGGCUUGACGUGGAGAGAUAAUGGCUCUGUUUGGCUGCAAGAAGGAUGGGAUAAAUUCUCCGAACAUUACUGCUUAGAGUAUGGUUUUUUGUUGGUUUUUAAAUUAUUGGAUAGAAGAGGAACUUCGAGUUUUAAAGUAAACAUAUUUGACACAACAGCAAUGGAAACCCAAUAUUCUUGGAAUGUUAACGAUUUUACAGAAGAAUUUGAUUCGGAUUCUGAUGCAAGUUCCGAGAGUCUUCGCCCACAUUCGAAGAAGAGGAAGAAGGGUUCGCUUCCUCGUCGAUUUAGUAAGAAAACAAGACAGGAAGAUUUUUUUUUAAUCAAAACAGAACCUGAAGAAGAAGAAGGAUGCAACAUUUUUAGUGAUAUACCAAAAGAAGAAGUUGAAAUUUCAAGGAGAAGAGAAGAAUUAAAAAACAGAGGUGAAUCAAAUGAGAAACUUGGCUUUAAAGUUGUGAUGAGCGAAUCAAAUGUUGGAGGUAGAUUUAAUUUGGUUAUUCCUAAGGAAUUUGCAAGAAAAUACUUAUCAGAUGAAGUUGGAAGUAUAAGCAUCCAAACAGAAAAUGGUAAAAAAUGGUCACUUUUGUACAGAUGGAAUGAAGGUAAUGAUGAAGUUGCUUAUAUUUCAAGAGGAUGGAGGGAUUUUGUAGAAGAAAAUCUGUUGAAACCAGGGGAUGUUGUGUUCUUUGAAGUCAUUAAGAAAGACAAAUUUUUAUUCACCAAAUUACGAGAGAAUAUCACAGUUCCCUCUUCUUCUCCAAAGGAAAAAAUUUCGUCAACCACAAACCCUUUCUUCAAAGUGCAGAUUCACAAGAAAAGCUAUGGGAAUGCAGCUCUGAACAUUCCACUGGGUUUUGCAAAAGAGCAUUUUUCACCAGAAAUGCAUUAUGCAAAGCUUCAAGUUAGGAACAAAGAAUGGGAAGUGACAUUGAAGCAAUAUGUGAAUCACUACAGACUCUCAGCUGGUUGGAGUAAAUUUUAUCAUGAGAAUAUGUUGAGAGAUGGGAAUACAUGCUUGUUUGAAAUGGUGAGCAAAAAAAAUUGCAUUUUUAAAGUUUCCAUUUUCAGUUAGUUAUUUACAACCUAAUGUAGUGCUUCAAUAGGACUACUAACUGCUUUUAUUAUUUGUUGUUGUUUUUUCAUUUUGGGAAUUGUAUCAAAAUCUGAAGAAUGUAAAGUUUGUGUGGGCUUUAUGUUUCUUUCCUUUAGUGGAAAGAUGACC